AUGGGAAGACUGAGACACCAGGUGAGGCAGGAAUGGACCCCAGGUCACAGAGCAGGGCCAGGGCUCGAACCGCAGCAUCGUGCCUACCAGCCCGGGCUUUCUCCGGCUGAGCCAGCCCUACCAACGUCACCUGGUGCGCCCCAACCUCCGGGGCCCCAGCUCUCGGCGACUCCGCGCGGAACUACAUUUCCCAGGCUGCCGCGGCGGGCGCGCCUGCGCACUACGCGAAGUGAUGGAGAGCUGACGGGGGGCGCGGCGGCGGCAGCGAGGGCUCGGCGGGCCAUUGGCUCCCAGCAGCGGCAAAGGCAGCUCCGAGACCAGAAGAGCGAGUCGGGCCCGCGGGCCGGGCCGGGCUGGGCCGGGGGCGUCCGGGCCGAGGCCCCACCCCCGCCCAGCCCCGCCCUGCUGGCCCCACCGGACCCCGGACGCAGACCCCCAGGAGCCCAUAGCACCUUGGCCUGGGUCCAGGCGCGUCCCCUCCGUGUCCCCCUCGCCCGGCAUCCCAGUCCCAGCCCUGACCCCAUCCCCACACCUUUCAUCCGGGGCGCUGACCAGGUGUCCCCGGAGGACGCCCUCCAGCUCAGCAUGGGCGACCCCACACCCCUAGAAAAGAGUCUCAGAGCCAGAGGCCCUCGCAGCGUCAUCUCCCUUCUCCCUGUUAAUUCCUUUCCCCAGGUUGUCCUUUCCCCCCAGAGCUGGGAGGGGGAGUCCCGGGAGGGGGAGCCGGGCCAGGUGAGGGGCUCACAGGCCUGCGUGUGCUUCUGGCGGGCACAGGGGGCUCUGCGGAAAAUCAUCACCACGCUGGCUGUGAAGAAUGAAGAGAUCCAGAGUUUCAUUUACUCCCUCAAGCGUAUGCUACUGAAUGUGGAGGCAAAUUCGGCCAAGGUGCAGGGGGACCUGGAGGCAGAAUUCCAGUCCCUCUUCUCCCUCCUGGAGGAGCUGAAGGAGAAUAUGCUCAUGAAGAUCAAGCAGGACCGCGCCAGCCGUACCUACGAGCUGCAGAACCAGCUGGCCGCCUGCACGCGGGCCCUGGAGAGCUCCGAGGAACUUCUGGAGACAGCCAACCAGACCCUGCAGGCCACAGACAGCGAGGACUUUCCCCAGGCUGCCAAGCAAAUAAAGGAUGGUGUGACGAUGGCCCCUGCCUUCCGGCUGUCGUUGAAAGCCAAAGUCAGUGACAACAUGAGUCACCUCAUGGUGGACUUUGCACAAGAGCGGCAGAUCCUACAGGCGCUCACGUUCCUUCCUGUGCCCAGCGCCCCGGUGAUUGACCUGGCCGAGUCCCUGGUGGCGGACAAUUGCGUGACCCUGGCGUGGCGCAUGCCAGACGAGGACAGCAAGAUUGACCACUACGUGCUGGAAUACCGGCGGACAAACUUCGAGGGCCCGCCCAGCCUCAAGGAGGACCAGCCCUGGAUGGUCAUCGAGGGCAUCCGGCAGACGGAGUACACCCUGACUGGUCUCAAGUUUGAUAUGAAAUACAUGAACUUCCGCGUGAAGGCCUGCAACAAGGCGGUUGCCGGCGAGUUCUCUGACCCGGUGACCCUGGAGACACCAGCGUUCACGUUCCGCCUGGAUGCGUCCACAUCCCACCAGAACCUGCGGGUGGAUGAGCUCUCCGUGGAGUGGGACGCCAUGGGCGGGAAGGUACAGGAUAUCAAGGCUCGCGAGAAAGACGGCAAGGGGAGGACAGCGUCCCCCGUCAACUCCCCGGCCAGAGGUACUCCAUCGCCCAAGAGGAUGCCCUCAGGUCGUGGGGGACGGGACCGUUUCACAGCUGAGUCCUACACAGUGCUGGGGGACACACUGAUCGAUGGCGGGGAGCAUUACUGGGAGGUGCGCUACGAGCCGGACAGCAAGGCCUUUGGUGUGGGCGUGGCCUACCGCAGCCUGGGCCGCUUCGAACAGCUGGGCAAGACGGCCGCGUCAUGGUGCCUGCACGUCAACAACUGGCUGCAGGUCAGCUUUACAGCCAAGCACGCCAACAAGGCCAAGGUGCUGGAAGCCCCCGUGCCCGACUGCCUGGGCGUGCACUGCGACUUUCACCAAGGUGACCCUGACUGCCCCAGACCUCCAGCCCCCUCCACACGUCUCUCUGCCCCAUACCCCUCCCCACUUCUGACUGGUCCCCCUGCUGCUCUGCCCUGUGCCCCAGGCCUCCUGUCCUUCUACAAUGCCCGCACCAAACAGCUGCUGCACACCUUCAAGGCCAAGUUCACUCAGCCCCUGCUGCCUGCGUUCACAGUGUGGUGUGGCAGCUUCCAGGUGAUGACAGGCCUACAGGUACCUAGCUCGGUGCGCUGCCUGCAGAAGCGGGGCAGUGCCACCAGCAGCUCCAACACCAGCCUCACCUAGGCCCCCGGCCUCUGCCCCACUGGGUUGUCCGUGGGGUCCCGGCUCUUCCAGCCGGCACCUCCUCUCACUUGCUGCUUGGAGCCUUAACUCCUGAUUUGGAGGCACCACCAGGGAGCAGGUACCCUACAUUGCCUCCUAAUAAAGGUCAA